ACUAUGGGCAAAGUCGUUCUCGGUCGCUCUUCGAAUAUUUUUACACCAAAACAAUGUAACGUCACAUUUCAGUUUUCAAAACAAAAGUUUCGGUAUAAAACAAAUAUCCGUCUACUAACCUCAAUCAGAUUUUGACUCGGCAAAUUACAAAUAGAGCCGUUCGUAAGGGUUUCAUCAUGGACAAAGCACCAAAGUAUUUAGCUGCAUUCGACUUCGAUCAUACAAUCGUCAACGACAAUAGCGACAUAGUUGUUCGGGACUUGAUUCCUAAGUCCUUCACAAUACCCGAUGACAUUAAACAACUGUACAGCGCUGAGCAUGGUUGGACUCAAUACAUGGCUGAAAUAUUCAAAAUUCUACAUGAAUUGAAUGUUUCCAAAAAUGAAAUUGUUGCAGCGAUAACAUCGAUAAAUGAAGUUACUGGAAUAAUUGAAUUGAUCCGAAAUUUGGUGGAAAUGAAUUUUGAAAUCAUUAUCAUCAGUGACUCGAACAUGGAAUUCAUACGAAGUUGGUGCGAAGCUAACGGAAUUACAAACUUGAUCGAGAAGGUGUACACCAAUCCGGCAAAUUUCACCGAAGACGGUUUGCUCACCAUUCAGCCGUUUCACAAGCAAACCACCUGUUCAAUGAGUCAGAUGAAUUUAUGCAAAGGUCAAGUUUUGGACGAACACAUUGCACGGAAGGCGGCUGAUCAAAUUACUUUUGAUAAAGUUUUCUAUGUGGGCGACGGAAGAAAUGACUACUGUCCCAUAACGAGACUGCGGACUGAAGAUUUUGGCUGUGCUCGGGUGGGAUUUAAGUUGGUACAGUUGUUAGCUGAAAGUACCGUUGUUAAAGCAGAAACAUUGUUGUGGGACAAUGGAAACGAUUUACUGAAACAAAUAAAGGAAAAAAUUUAACGGAAAAA